UGCUAGCAGUAAGCAUACAAGUGCGCGGUAUCGCGAGUGAAAUUAGAUUGGAUGUACAUGAUGAACUUUGUAUCGAGAUAAAUUAAUUUUUUUUUGUAUUCGAAGUGAUAACUCGUCUGUACCCCACAUUUACUGCUCGUUGGAACAGGAAAGUGUAUCGCUGCUGCGACACAACUGCUGCGAGCUCUUCAUUGACGUCACAGGGGCGUCAUCUGGCGGGUUGCAAACCGAGUGAGAGAAGGACCGAGAGGCCAUGGAGAACACAGCGGACUCGCUGUACCGCGCGGCGGUGUGGGGACUGCAGGCAGGCGUCGUGUCUGCGGCGCUGAACUGGCUGGGCCAGGCGCUCAGGGUGCCCCUGGCGGGCGACUUCGGAACCUGCGCCGCCUUCCUCGUGGGCGCGGUGGCUGGCGCGGCCGCCAUAUUGCUGCUCGACACCGUCAAGAUUUCCACCAAGGACAGAGCGGUAUUCGUGACAGGAUGUGACUCCGGAUUUGGGCAUGCCAUGGCCCUGAGACUUGCAGACAUGGGAUUUGUGGUUUUCGCCGGGUGUUUAUUCGCCGAAGGGCAAGGAGCCAAACAGCUGAAAAAUACUGGCAGAAGCAACAUCCACGUCAUACAGCUGGACGUCACCUCUGACGAGCAAGUUAAGCGAGCCAGAGACUAUGUCACGGAACACCUUCCACUGAGAGGUUUAUGGGGAAUCCUCAACAAUGCAGGACUUGCCACAUUCGGAUAUGUAGAGUGGGUGCCAAUAUCCACAUACAAAAAGGUUAUGGAUGUCAACAUGUGGGGCAUGAUUCGAAUGAUUCAAGCAUUUUUACCUCUACUAAGGAAGUCUAAAGGUCGCGUGGUGAACAUAGCGAGUGCCCUGGCGAGGCAGAGCUCGCCCAACCGGUCGACCUACGGCAUCAGCAAGUACGGCGUGGAAGCGCUUUCCGACUGCCUCAGGUUCGAAAUGAGGCGCUUUGGAGUCACGGUGGCCAUCAUCGAGCCAGGCAACUUUGGCAGUGCUACAGGAAUUUUCACGCCUGAGUCCAUUCGACGCGACGCGGAAGCACUGUGGAAAAAUAUUCCUCCAGAUGUACAGCAAGUAUACACCAAGGAGUUCUUCGAUGGAAUAAUCGAAAACAUGAUAGCUUACGCUGGAAAAAGUAAAAGUGACAUGACUUCAGUGCUGGACGCCAUGACACUCGCUCUCAUCCACCGGUACCCUCACCCCAGGUACCAGCCAAUGGAGCCGUACUUCAAGAUCCGCACUUGGAUAAGCACUCACCUCCCUGAGUGGAUACACGAAGCACUCUAUAUUUAGUACCAUCCGGUGUAAAUACCUAAUAGCUUGUAUUUUACUAAAGAUUAAAUUUUCUACAAUAUA